GAACAAUUAGUCAAUAUUGGAAUCAGUUCCUAGGUGGAUAUUGGAGUGAUCAAAGCACACAAAAUCAGAAGAGACAAAAUAUUUUCUUCACCUUUUUAACGUGACUGAAUCGUUUGCAAAGACUAAAUUUAAUUUACGUAGUUUAAGUUUUAAAUUGCGAUCGCUUUGAAUACGACCCAGAGAAAAUAAAAGAAAGAAGAAAUAUGGAAAGUUUGAAAUUCUGUUUGGUAUGCUGCAUUGCAUUAAAUCUAUCGAUGAGUCUCUUCGUGACAAGUCUACCAGUGCUUGAUUCUGUGAAUGUUAGUGUCACGAAUGGUAGCAGUGAAGAAAUAAUUGAAAAUGAUAAUGUCACCUCAUUGAAUGGUACACACAAAGACUUAUACGUAAUUAAAGCUGUUGUCUAUGAAAUCGGAAUUCUCACUGAAGUAGCAGAUGGUGACAACGCAACAGAAGACGAAGACUUUUCGCGAGAACGUGUCGACUUAACAUUCUUUGACGCACACUCAAAUGCCAGCCACUUCAAUCUGGGCGAUAUUCCGUUACCUGUACAAACAAACGUAAGCGGUCAAGUUCUAACUGGCAUUGCUCCCGUUCAUAUUGGUGCAAUUCAAGAGGCUACUGACAUUCUUAGUUCAUUGCCGUUGACUGGCACGAUCGUAAAUAUCUCUCACAGUGACACCAGUUUCAUAAAUUUGAGUCACAGUCCGAAAAUCAAUGAAAACGGAACCAUUUUGGACGCUGAAGAUUUGGCUAAAUUACCUGGUAUCAAUGAGCAAACCAUUUUGAUUGACAACACGCCACAAGAAUCAGAUGAUGAUGACGAUGAUGAAGAUGACGAUGAUGAAAGAAAUCCAAAUUCACUUUAAGCCACUUUUGAAUGGGAAGGAUUUUUUUAAUGAGACUGUGAAUGAACGAAUACAAAUCGUAUUUAGGUUAUUGAUUCUCUAUUUUGUACAUUACGUUUGCUGUUAUGUCUAUGUGUACCAAAUUAGCUACUCCUUGUUACAGUAGCUCAUAAUUUUAUUUUUUAUUUAAUUGUAUUGACAAAGAACAAAUACAAACGAAAAUAUUUGUCCAA